AAUCGCGCAGGACCGAAGGUGCACCGGUCGGUCGAUUUCAUAUCAAGUUUGCGCAAAGCUGGGGGUGAACAUCACACACUCGGCGCCCCCUCUGAAGCUUUCAUGAGAUAUCGCGCAAAGAGCCCCAUGUAGUAGUUAGAGGAGGACGCAGCGGCAGCAGAGGCAGCAGCACCGGAGAGAGAGAGAGAGAAAAAGAUCGCACCGGCUUGUCAACAACAACAACAACAACACAAAACAAAAAAAAAAUCUUCCCUCUGCGGUGACGACAAUCUUUGGAGACAGAGAGAGGGAGGAAAAAAAUCCAUGGAUGUUCUUGGAUAACUGCUUCUUUUUUCCCUUUUUGCUGGGGGGUGUUUUUACGCGGAGAGCCGCUCCACGGUCUUUGCAUGGUGCACGUCGGUCCAGGAAUGGCGCGAUAAAGUGAUCAGAGGAGUCAGUCCCAGUACAUUCGCUUUCCGCGCCGCCGUCUCGUCAUGUAUUCCCCGAUUUGUCUCACUCAGGAUGAAUUUCAUCCCUUCAUCGAGGCGCUUCUCCCUCACGUCCGUGCCAUCGCCUACACGUGGUUCAACCUCCAGGCCAGAAAACGCAAGUACUUCAAGAAGCACGAGAAGCGGAUGUCCAAGGACGAGGAGCGCGCGGUGAAGGACGAGCUUCUGAGCGAGAAGCCCGAGGUGAAGCAGAAGUGGGCGUCCAGGCUGCUGGCCAAGCUGCGUAAGGACAUUCGGCAGGAGUACCGGGAGGACUUUGUCCUCAGCGUGACGGGGAAGAAGCCCCCGUGCUGCGUGCUAUCCAACCCGGACCAGAAGGGCAAGAUCCGCCGAAUCGACUGUUUGCGGCAGGCCGACAAAGUUUGGCGUCUGGACCUGGUGAUGGUCAUCCUCUUCAAAGGCAUCCCUCUGGAAAGUACAGACGGCGAGCGCCUCGUCAAGUCUCCACAUUGCACCAACCCAGCACUUUGUGUCCAGCCACACCACAUAACAGUAUCGGUCAAGGAGCUGGACUUGUUUCUAGCGUACUAUGUGCAGGACCAAGAGUCGCAGCAGUCAGGAAGUCCAAGUAACAAUGAGCCAGGCAAGAACCCUCUUCCAGUAUAUUUGGAAGACAGUUUCAUCAAAUCAGGAGUCUUCAGUGUUGCAGAACUGGUGCGAGUGUCCAGAAUGCCCAUCACCCACGGAGCAGCGGUGAAUUUCUCCAUGGCUGACAUGCCCAGCCAACCCUACUACCAUGACCUGAACUCCAGCGUGGGACUGCAUCGCUCCCUGUCCUCCCCUCCCGGCAGCAAAAGGCCCAAAACCAACAUGGAGGAGAACAUGGACACCAGCCCGACAGGACCCGACUUCUACUCGUCACCCAGCUCACCAGCCAGCAGUCGGGCGAACUGGCACGAUAGAGACGGAGACAUGUCCUCUCCCACCAUGAAGAAGCCAGAGAAGCCGCUGUUCAGCCCCACCUCCCCGCAGGACUCAUCACCACGACUCAGCACUUUCCCUCAGCCUCAUCACCCAGGCCUAACAGGUGUAGGACACAGUGUUAUAUCGACGAGGAGCCCCCCUCCGCACUCGCCCCUGCAGUUCUCGGCUUCGGCCAUCCUGCCCCCGGCGCCGUCGCCUUACUUCUCGCACACCACCAUCCGCUACCCGCCCCACCUCAACCCUGCUGAUCCCCUCAAGAGCUACGUGCCGUCAUAUGACCCGUCCAGCCCGCAGAGCAGCCAGAUGCUAAUUGUAAUGCGAGCGUGUGUUUCUGUGUUUUUUUUUGUGAUGGCAUGUUACCCAGGCUACUCAGCCCCUGGCACCCCAACGGCUAAUCGUUUUGUAGGCCUGAGCCCUCGAGAUCCCGCCUUCCUCCACCAGCAACAGCUGAGGAAGUGUGACUGGAGCGUGACUCAAAACGGCAGGCAUUAUGGCCCCAGUGCCACUGACGACACUUUGGGGAUUACUUGGCAAAGUCCUGGUACCUGGGCGAGCUUAGUUCCAUUCCAAGUGUCGAACGGGACUCCGAUUCUGCCAACAAAUGUCCACCAGAACUACAGCAUAAACAUCAUUGGUGAGCCCCUGGUCCCCGCCGAGACAGGGAACUGAACACGCAGAGGCCGGAUGACCCCCCCGCCCCCGGGGUGGAUGGGCGGUUGGGGGUGUUGAUGGUGCAGAGCUAGCACUACAGGUGUCCGCAGCCAUGGAUGAAACCAGCAAAGCAGCAGGUGCUGCAUAAACCCCUCUCCCUGCAUUACCCCCCAACCCCCAUCUCACCCUCUUCCACAUCCCCACCCCUGAAAAAAAACCUCCAACUCCCGUCCCUCCCGAUGACGGACACCGGCCCUGAAGUGAAGACGAGGGUUGGUUCAGAGGAAAGAAAAAAAGAAGAAGAAGCUUCAGGUCUGCUGUCUCCUCGCCCGCCCGCUCACCCACCACCCACCAGUCAGUUGUUGUGUUUGCAGAACUUUUCAAUCCAUUCAAAUACUGUGAUGUAUAGACGCCUUAAUGUUUUAUUGCAUGACACUCUAGUCUCUUAGCGGCAAUUCCUACUAUUUUUCCAUGUUGGAGGAAGAUGUAAAACCUAGAUUUACACACACACACACACACAGACACAGACACAAGUGAGGGGGUCUGCAUAGUGACACCUGCCUGGUGGAUGGCUCAGAGACUCUAAGCUCUCCAACACAGACCUCUUGAAAAGAGGCUUUUCCCGCAUCAAACGAUUCACUGUGUACACCAUAGGAACAAAAAAACAUGUGAAUUCAGAGUGUUUCUUCUUCCGUUUGAUUUCAGUUUACUGUGAUACGACUCUUUGUUCAGAAGAUGUGUUGACUUUUUGUUUUAUUCUUUACUGCUACUUACUUUAAGAAUUAAUGUAAACACUUAUGGUAAGAGUUGAGAACUCUUGAUGCAGUUUUCAAAAAACACUAAAUGCUAGGCUUGAGAUUGGACCCCUCGUAAAAGAAUUUGCAACUCCUUUACAAAAGGAGAAUUUUUAUUUUUUGAAAAAAAGAAAAAGACGGAGAAUAAGAAAAUCGCGACAGAGGCAAGUGCAAUUGAAUUGUUGAAGGGAAGCUAUCAGUCUGUCAGCCCUAAGACUCUAAAGGAAGGGGGAUAAAUAUUAAAUGUUUUAUGGGUAAAAAUGUUUAAGGAAACAUUUGAAUUUGAUUUCAGUCACAUAUCCGUCUCCUCGCAUGAGAAAAACAUCGAGCGUGAAAGGCAGUUGAAGGCAAGCAUUGAGCUACCUGUGCAGCGCUGAGCAAAACCAGCACUUAUUUUGAGCCCUUCCCAUCAAUGUGGGGAGAUUUUUUUGUAUUUAUUUUGGGGGAAUUUAAAAAAAAUAAAAAAUAACCGAACAUAAGUAAAGAAAUGGGACGCACAUAGUGUGUUAAAGAGACAUUAUUUUGUUUGUUUUUUUAAAUGUUCACGAUAAGAUCAAGAGCAUAUGCAUUUGGCCAUCAGCUUGUAAAGCUUAUGUUUACAAAAAAAAGAAAAGAAAUUAUGGAAGUGUUAAUUCAAGGAAAAUUACUAUUCAUGCAAAUGUAGCGUGAGCUUCUGGGUAAAGCUACACUUUGUGCAACUCUAAAAUGGAAGAGGUUGUAAAACGGAAAUUGCGAAUCCAGGUGGUGGCAAAUCCCUGAAAUCUAGAAUUGUGCACGGCAUGUUCACAGCCAUUGCCUCUCCAGUCCAGACGUAUUUAUACAAGGAAAAUCUCUCCAGUACUCUUAAUUUGCACGAUGACAUAUAGUCCACAUUACGUGCCUUGCCUUUGAAUAUAGAGACAUCACUACACUUGUUUUUGCUGCAUUUAUCAUUAUAGAAAAAAAAAAUUAACAUUUUUAUGAUAAGAAUUGUUUUGUACUCUGAAUGAAUUGUUGAUUUUUAACUUCAUGUACUACUCUAUCUCACAGUUACAUUGCAUAUCAAGGCUGUGUAUAGUUGCCGUUUUAAAGUUUGUAAUCAACCAGCAUUUUUUUUUUUUUUGUUUUGUUUUUUUUUUCCAGUAUUUUUGGUGGUUUUUCUAAUAACCUGUCAUCUUUUGUUUUCUUUAUUUUUUUUUCUUUUCAAUGCUCAUUUUGUUCAUCUUCCAGCUACUAUUGUGGAGGGUGGAAUUCAGAAUUAUGAAAAUUAUGCAAUACCAAGUUUUGCCUAUGUAGGUAGUGCUUAUAGAUGCGUCAAUUAUUAGAGGCUAGUUUGGAGAUAGACAAUAUUGUAAUGCAUUUAUUUUGUUGAUAUCGUUGUUUGUCGUUGUUGUUGUUGAUGAUGUUGUUGUUGUUGUGGGUGUUUUCCUUUUUUAUUGACCAAAGUGGGGACUGCUUUCUAUGCAGUGUAAGACAAGGUCUUUUUUUUUUUUUUUUCUCUUAUUUUUUUGUUUGGUUUUAUUCUCUCUAGCGUACAGGCCUACCGAAUGACGGUGAGACAUGUUCCAGUGUAUUAUGAAUUCGGGAAGUUUUCGGGGGAGGGGUGGUAUUUUUCUUGGUUUCAAAAAAUGCACCCUUGGUCUUUCUACGGCUGCAAAGUCACUGAUUGGUCUACUGUGACUCUUACUUUCAACUUUCCACCUGGGGUGCUAGCGUCUUGAAGGAGCUCAUUUAUUUUGUUUUUAUUUCAUUUUAUUUUUCGUUCACAGGAGAGACGGCUUGACUUGAGCGCGACAAUCAUUUUAAGGAAUCAUGUUUCUCGCGUAGAAUCCCGUUAGAUCCCCUCCGGAGCCGAGCGCGCGCUCUCUUCGUCCAAUCGUACGCCGUGAUAUUCUCGAUGUCGCCGAAUGCAAUUCCCAAGUAGAUGCCUUAAAACACAUCAGUGAAGUGGCCUGCGACCUGCGCAACAAUCACACACCGACUAAUGCUAGUGAGACCUGUCCAAAUCAGCUCCAGACAGGCUCGGGCAAGCCUUUAGAAAGUAUUUUAUAAGUAGUAGAUUUGUAUAAAUGUAUAUACGAUAUGCACAUACUGUAUGUCAAUCCCCAGCGGAGCCCCCCCCACCCCACCCCCUCCCGUAGAGUACGUCAAAUAUUGGACCGCAGAAGAAUGUGUUUUCUAACUUCACGCCCAGUAGAAGCUUAAAUAGAACCCACUAGAAGUAAAGUAUAGCACUUAAAUAGCACAUAGGCAAUCAUCUUCUCUCUCCCGUACAGUGUUCAGAACUAAAUCUCUCUCAGGCGUAUUACAGGGCAUUAUUUAUACCAAUCAUGCACCACUUUUAAUGUUAAGAAAACAAACAGGAAGUAAGAGCGGCGCCAUCCCAUGCUGCUGUGACACCUUUUGCACUCUUUCCCUAACAAUCGCGAAAGAAGAAGAAGUUUCCGUCUUAGAGGUGGUCCUACCGAGGGCUCUCCAGCAAAAAGCAGAGGGAGCAGAAAUCAUUAAGAGUAAUCCUCAAGUCAAGCUCAAUCUCUCCGCCUUCACCCAGAACUCUUAUGCAGAAAAAAAACUGAAAAAGUCACCCCGUUCUAUGUGCACUGUUCUGUCUUUUUUUUUUUUCUUGUUGUUGAUUUUUUUUCUUUUUUUCUUUUACAAGGAAAAAAAAAAAACUAUAAGUGCUUUGCAGCCUUUGGCCAUUGGAGACCCCACUGAAGUGCAUUGUCCCCAAGUGUGUUUGUGUGUGGAUGUGUGCGAGAUCAAAAAAAACGAAAAAAAAAAAGUGUCAGGGUCACUGUGCCAGUUUGGUGUUUAUUUGAAAUAGGAGACUGUACAUAAAGGUAAAUAUCCUGAUCGCGUCGAUAGCAGUAGUCUGUGGGGUUGAACUCUGCUUUGGCAGCUUGAGUGUGCAUGCGCGUGUGUUGUACGUGGGUGAAUUUGUGCGCCGGAUGUGUGAUAAGAGUGCCUCUGACACUACACAACGAGAGAAGAUGAGGGUCUUUCUAUUGAGGAAAAAAAAUAGAAAAAAACGACAAAAAAAAAAAACAAAACGAUGCCUGCCGUAGGACAGGAGUUUGUACACUGUAAACUUUCUGGGGAGUUCUUUGUAAAUCUUCAUUUCUGGGGGAAAAAUGAGUCAAUUCCAUUUUAGGAAAAAAAAAAUUGGGGAUUUUUUUAUUUGUUUCAGAGGCUGGAUUUGAGUUAGAACUCUCCAGAUUUCCCUGAUUAGUAGAAUCUAAAAGGUGUUGUAUUCCUGUUUGUAAAGGGGGGGUUAUUCUAUACAGAUCCAUAGAUAUAAAAAAAAAAAAAACAACAACAAUGAAGGCUUUUUUUUUUAUUAUUAAUAUUAUUAUUAUUUCUGGUUAGUGCUUAGAUAUUUCCAUUUGGGAAACACCUUAUGAUGAAUAUUUGAAUUGUUGUUCUUUCAUUAGUGUGGCCAUAGCGAGUGUGAUGUGAUUUAUCGCUCUUUUUUUUUUUUUUUUAUAAAUUUCGGGUGUGAAUUCUUGUCCAACAAGAUGGCGGUGUGAGUGUGUUUUCUCGUAGCAGCUGGGAAGUGACGUCGCUUAAACCAGUGUGGGAAAAUUAAAAAACUAAAAGGCCCCAGAUUGCACCUGACCUUACGUGAGAAGCAGGGUAAAAUCUGCAGUGACAAACGUCCGCGAUGAAUCUGUCACAUGAUUUCUUUCUUUUUUUUUAUUUUGGUUUCUUAUGGGAAAUUGUUGCAUGAUGAUUGGUGCUACGUCUCGCCAUGUAUGUACAAUUCGGCUGAGCUGUCUAAAGUCGACGCUCUCUAAAAAAAUAAAAGCAUCCAGGCAUCACUCAUUUUGCACUUUCCACAUGCUGUCAAAGCCUGGUGUACUUUAGAAAACCCUCCAGUCAUUCAUUACCUUCAGGUGCUUGGGAGGAGGGUUCCCGUUAAGGUGUUUUUUUUUAUUUUAUUUGGGCGUGGUCUUUCUAUCGCUUCACAGGGUGUGAAUGUAGCCUGUCAGAAAGCUCUUGAGACUUUUAUUUUGAAAAAAAAACAGUGUUCAACCCAUCAGCAGCUUCAAGAGCCCCCCCUUAUUUUAAGAAAGUAUUACUCCACCGAUCAUAACAGGACUUUUUAUGCAAAGGAGGACCUGUGGCACUCAUGCAAUAUGUGUGAUUGUUCCUUUUUUAGCUGAAUGUCACGCAUUCUGUCGAGGACUGAGAGGGCGUUUACAUGGAAGGGAAAACAUUCAAUCUUCAUUUUCAUCCUACAUGAGCAAUACACAUCUUCCAUACUUUGGCUAGCUGCUAGUCACUUGGCAUCAGGUUGUUAUAAAACAUGAAAACCAGCAUUUUUACAGGAUGUAACAUUCACCAAAAGGAGACAAAAAGAUAGCAAUGCAGUGCCUGUUCACGCUGUCCAAGUGUCUGUUGUAUAUAAUUGUAAAAUGUGAUAGACUUACUUUCCUAUGUGACAAGAAAGAAAAGAAAAAGAAAAAAAAAAACAGCAUCACACACAGAGCAGAAUGUGGCAAACUCAUCUGGAAAUAUGCUCUUUAUUACUUCUUGGAUGUUUUUUUUUUUGUGACUUAUUAAUUUUCUAAUUCUGUCAGCACACAAUGCCCAACUUGUUCAAAAAAAAAAAAAAAUCUGAUAGGAGAUGUUCCUUCUUUUUCUUUAUUUUUAUUUUAUUUUUUUGUUCCUGAGAGAUGGGGGGAAGCUGGGGGGCGGGAGGGUCAGUGCUACGUGGAGCGCAGUGGAUAAAAGGAUGAAAUAAUGUCUUUUCUUAAGAUUAGUCACCGUUUUUUCUCUCUGCAGGGCUGAUUUCUUUUUGGGUCUUGUGGCACUUUUACUUCCCUCUGCGCACACAUUUUUUUUUUUUUACUCUACUUUUAGGAAUCAUGGUGGAAUUAUAUAUAUAUAUAUAAAACGAACAACAACAACAACACCAACAAAAACAAUAUGUAAACAGUCUCCAGUAGUGAUCGUAGUUACACUGCAAGUGUGUGCAAAAGGUCUAUGUAUGUAUCUGAAUGUACGUUUUAGAGGACUUUUGGAAACCUUUUUUUUUUUUCGUUUUUUUUUUUUUAUCUUUUCAUUUACAGUUUAGGAGCCACAGGUGUCCAUUGUGAACUGUAUAGCGAAGGCCUUGAUAUCCCUUCUUUUUAUUGAUUUUAGAAACGCCAAGCAUUAGGCGACGCCUUCAAGCUGGUUACAUUUGGUGCAGGGGCUAAAAUUGCCACAAGAUUAAAAUCAGUGUAAAUAAAGGCUCAACUUUUUGUGAUUGUUACUGUUAUAUCCAGCCUAUACUGCUAGCAGCUGUUUUUACUGCAGUCAAUUACUGGAAGUGGAUAUAUUUCCUAUGCAAAACUGUUUAAACAAUAAAAUGAGCUAUGCUACAAAAAUGA